CCAUCUGCCCGCAUGCCUGCAUGCCCGCCGCCCAGUUCACAUGCCCGCAGCUCCGCGGUCAGAUGCGGUGACGGCGUCGCUGGUCCCGCUGUUCUGGUCUGCUCGUUCGCUCGCCCGCCAUCUCAUCAACCCGCACAUCACCGCCAUCAUCAUCGGCCUGGGCCCAGCAGCACCCAGUCCCAGCCCCAGCCCACUCCCUCCACUGCUCUGCUUGCUUGCAUCCCCCCCCCAGUGGUCCGCCAUGAAUUGGAGGUCGGCCCAGUCCAAGCUCCUGCGUGCCGGUCCGCUGCAUCGUGCAAAUGGCGGCCAUGUCUCGCUCUCUCCUGCUCGUCUGCACUCGACCACCCAAGGCGGCGCCCUUGCCUUCCCCGAAUUCAACGAUGCAACUCUCGGUCUGUUUCGGGAGCGCCUGUCGCUGAGCCUGAGGCAGGCGCCCAAGGUCCGGUGGAAGUAUGACGAGUCUAGAGGCCCGCUCCGGAAGGCCUCCGUGCUGGUGCCGUUCUGCACCCGCAGCGGAGAGCCAUCCGUCCUGUUCACUGUCCGGAGCAAGAAUCUCAAGAAACACCGAGGCGAAGUCAGCUUCCCUGGAGGCAUCCAGGACGAAACAGACCCGUCGCUGGAGUCGACUGUGCUGCGAGAGACGUUUGAGGAGGUCGGGAUCCAGCCAUCAAGCAUCUCGAUUUUAGGACGAUUGACACCGCUUCCUGACCGCACAACCACAAUCGAGGUGACGCCGUACGUCGGCUUUCUGGGCGAGAUUGAUCCGCGGGAACUCGACUACAACCACGACGAAGUCUCGGAAGUCUUCACGAUGGGCAUGGAGGAAGUUCUCGACGCAAGGCGGCGCAAGGUCGUUGAGUUCCGGGGCUCGCCUGGCAUCCGCGGGAUCGAGUGGAUCAAAGACGACAAGCGCAUUUGGGGGCUGUCGGCAUACAUCCUGCAUCAAACCCUGAACGUCCUGCUCGACACGAAGCUAUAGCUGGCCUGAUUCGAGCAGCGCGAGCGGUCGUGCUGCUGCUUCUGCCUCGGCCCCGACUGCGAUUGUAGCGGAUUCGGGCGAUCCAUCGAGAAGCUUCUGGGUCUUUUCGAGGCACUUGCGCUCUGCAAUCGUGGGCAUUGCAGGUCACCGGCUGCGGUCACGCACUCAAUCACUGCCUGUUGUGUGGUCAUGCACUCGGCUGCUGCUUCCCGCCUUUCUAUUCUCGUUAGCACCGGCUUGCUUGCCGCCAAACACUUCAGCCACGAGCACAGCGCCGUCGCUGCCGCACGUAUGCGGCUCGACGCCAUUCCAGGACGAUCCCUGGAGUUACUGGAAUGACCCGACGGCAGAGGCCAAAACUUGUCCCCAACAUACAGCCCGUGCAAUACAGCAUUUGCAUGCUUCUCCGGA